CUGUCAGCUAAGUCGGCGGGCCGGGCCAGCGAGGCGGCGACCACGGCCGGGGCCAGACAUGGCGGCGCUCUGCGCCUGCACCAAGUGCCACCAGCGCUUCCCCUUCGAGGCGCUGUCUCAGGGGCAGCAGCUGUGCAAGGAAUGUCGGAUUGCACACCCUGUUGUGAAGUGUACCUACUGCAGGACUGAGUACCAGCAGGAGAGUAAAACCAAUACGAUAUGCAAGAAAUGUGCUCAGAAUGUACAGCUAUAUGGAACGCCCAAACCUUGUCAGUAUUGCAACAUAAUUGCAGCAUUUAUUGGCAAUAAAUGCCAGCGCUGCACAAAUUCGGAGAAGUAUGGACCACCAUAUUCUUGUGAACAGUGCAAGCAGCAGUGUGCGUUUGACAGGAAAGACGAUAGAAAGAAGGUAGAUGGGAAAUUGCUGUGCUGGCUGUGCACACUUUCAUACAAACGUGUCCUGCAGAAGCCCAAAGAGCAGAGGAAACACCUGAGCAGCUCUUCUCGCAGCAGCCAUCAGGAGAAGGAGCAGUACAGCCGCCUGAGUGGUGGUGGCCACUACAACAGCCAGAAAACACUUUCUACAUCAAUUCAAAAUGAAAUCCCAAAGAAAAAAUCCAAGUUUGAGUCAAUCACAGCUAAUGGAGACAGCUUCUCCCCAGACCUGGCUCUGGACUCACCAGGCACUGACCACUUUGUCAUCAUUGCCCAGCUGAAGGAAGAGGUGGUAACUCUGAAGAAGAUGUUACAUCAAAAGGAUCAGAUGAUCUUAGAGAAGGAGAAGAAGAUUACAGAGUUGAAGGCUGAUUUUCAAUACCAGGAAUCUCAGAUGAGGGCUAAAAUGAACCAAAUGGAGAAAACACACAAAGAAGUCACAGAGCAAUUACAGGCUAAAAACAGAGAGCUCCAGAAGCAGGCAGCUGCCUUGUCUAAGAGCAAGAAAUCUGAGAAGUCAAGAGCUAUAACCUCUCCAUGACAGACCAUCAAGAGGCUCCCAAGCAACAGUAGAUGGAGUAGUCCUGGGUUGGAGACCUGGCUGUUCUCUGGAAUUGCAAGCUUUCUUAAGAAAUCUCUAUUUUAUUACAGCUAUCCUUCUUUGUGCGACUGUCAUGAGCUGAAUGGUAACAUCCUGUUUGUGCUGUGUUAUGACUGCAUGCUUGAGUGUUUGGGGUUUCAAGUUGACUCUUUUCCUUCUUAUCUACUUCCGCCUUGUCCUUUUCCUCUCUUUUCUCUGUCUGUCCCUCCAUUCCUCCUUCCCACUCUUUUUUAUUUUGAUAC